CCUUAAAGGAUGUGUGUGCUGCUUCAGGGUGGUCUACGCCACACACAUUCAUUCGUUAUUACAGCCUGGAUAUUCAUUCCGCCCCGGGCUUAAGUGUCUUGCAGUGACCCUCGGGCUUGGGUCUUUUUGAACAGGCCAUGCCCUCGGUAUGAUGGAGUGGGUAUUCUCAUUCCCAUACUGUUAUGCUAAAAGCAACGUGGAGUUCCCUUUGAAAGAGAACGUCUGGGUUACGCAUGUAACCCUGUUCCCCGAGAAGGGAACGAGACAUUGCAUAGCUUUGUCAUACCGGAGUAGGCCUGUGAAUUGUGUCUUCGAUUCAGAUAAUAGAGGCUGACAGCAUGGUUCACAGGUGCCAUACAUAUAUCACGUGACACACUUAAUUGCCACGUCACCUGAUCAUGACAGGCCUAUAAAUAGGCAUGAUUUUACACAAGCUUCAGAUGCCGGUUGUGUGCAAUGGGCGCUCCCAUACUGUUUUGCUAAACGCAACAUCUUUUUCCCUUCUCAGGGAACAGGGUUGCAUACGUAACCCAGUCCCAGACCCAUAGCCAGAAAUCCAGUUUCUUUCAUCAGAAUGGCUAAUCUCAAGCUUCUCCUCUUUUUUGCAACUAAAUCAUUACUGAAUAUUGUCUGUAUAUGUUUUUGUUCAAUGUUUAUACAAUAUUUACAAUUAUGUUGACCCAAACCAUGUAUAUCUUUUUAAUACUUAAUUUUGGGUCAUUCCAUCUCAAGUGGUCCAAUACAGGCUGCUUGACUAUUUUUAAUUUAUUGUCAUUACAAAACCAGCUCUAUUUUUCUUUAAAAAAUUUUUACUUGGUUUUUGUUAUGAGAUAUUGAGGUAAACAGCUGUAUAACCAAAAUGUGUUGUGUACCAUGACUGGUGAUUUUGAAAUGACAAUACCUAGAGGUAAUCACUCAAAAAAAGAAAAAAGAAAAACAGUCAAGCAAUCAACUUUACAAUUAUUAGACCACUUGAGAUGAACUGAUCAUUUUAGAAGUUGCAUUAACAUGAUGUAACAUAAUGAACAGGAUUUUAGGAAGGGAAAAAUUUGUAUAGCGCACGGUGGCUUAGUGGGUAGCACAUUCGCCUCACAUGGUCGGGGGUUCGAUUCCCACUGUGGCCCUGUGUGUGCGGAGUUUGCAUGUUCUCCUCUGGGUGCCUCUGGUUUCCUCCCCCAGUCCAAAGACAGGCAUGGUAGGCUGAUUGGCAUGUCCAAAGUGUCCGUAGUGUAUGAAUGGGUGUGUGAUUGUGCCCUGCGAUGGACUGGCACCCUGUCCAGGAUGUACCCCGCCAUGUGCCUGAUGCUCCUGGGAUAGGCUGCAGGUUCCCUGUGACCCUGAAAAGGAGUAAGUGGUAGAAGGUGGAUGGAUGGACCUAUUUAGCAUGUCAUUCAUAAUUCAGGUACUAGGAUUAGAGUAGGAAAAAUAUUGAAAGUUUCUUAGAUCUCAUAUUGUCAUAUCUCUGUCUCGUGUGUCAGUCAUGGCUUCCUCCAGCAGUGUCCUGUGUGAAGAUCAGCUCCAGUGCUCCAUCUGUCUGGAUGUGUUCACUGAUCCAGUCUCUACUCCAUGUGGACACAACUUCUGUAUGAUCUGUCUCAAAGAGUUCUGGGAGAGCAGUUCAAACUGCCAGUGUCCAAUGUGUAAGGAGGAAUUCCCUAAACGUCCUGAACUACGUGUGAAUACGUUCAUCUCUGGACUUGCUGCUUCAUUUAAGAAGUCAGUUCAGGUGAAAUCCAGCAGCACUGCAGAUCCGCUUCCCUCAGAGACUAAAAAGGUUCUGUGUGACUCCUGCACUGAGGAGAAGCUGGAGGCUCUAAAGUCCUGUCUGCACUGUGGAGUUUCCUACUGUAACACUCAUCUGAUGCUCCAUAAAACUACAGCUAAACUCAUGAAGCACAAACUGAUGGAGCCUGUGGAGAACCUGGAGGACUACAUCUGCCAGAAACAUGAGAUACCCCUGGAGCUGUUCUGUAGAGACGACCAGACGUGUGUGUGUCAGUUCUGUACUGAGGGAGACCACAAAACUCACAACACUGUUCCUAUAGAGGAGGCGAGUGGAGAGAAGAAGAUUGAGUUGGGGAAGACACGAGCAGAAGUUCAGCAGAUGAUCCAGGAGCGACUGAAGAAGAUUGAGGAAAUCAAACACUCUGUAAAAUGCAAUAAAAAAAACACAGAGAAAGAGAAAGCAGACGGUGUGGAGAUCUUCAGUGCUCUGAUGCGCUGCAUUGAGAGAAGCCAGGCUGAGCUGCUUCAGGUGAUGGAGGAGAAGCAGAAAGCAGCAGAGAAGCAGGCUGAAGAGUUGAUUAAAGAGCUGGAGCAGGAAAUCACUGAGCUAAAGAGGAGAAACACUGAGCUGGAGCAGAUCUCACACACUGAGGAUCACCUCCACCUCCUACAGAUUUACCCGUCACUGUGCAGCCCUCCACACACCCAGGACUGGCCUGACGUCACAAUUAACUCUCAUCUGAGUCUGGAGACUCUGAGGAGAGCUCUGUCUCAGCUUCAGGAAACUGUCAGUGAGGAAAUGGAGAAGCUUCCUGAGAUUAAACUGAAGAGAAUUCAGCAAUAUGCAGUGGAUGUGACUCUGGAUCCUGAUACAGCAAAUCCUAAACUCAUCCUGUCUGAUGAUGGGAAACAAGUUACAUGUGGAGACACAGAACAGGAUCUCCCUGAUAACCCAGAGAGGUUUAAUUAUUAUGUCAUUGUGUUGGGAAAGGAGGGAUUCUCCUCAGGGAGAUUUUACUAUGAGGUGCAGGUCAGAGGGAAGACUCAGUGGGAUUUAGGAGUGGCCCGAGAGUCCAUUAACAGGAAAGGGAAGAUUACACCCAGUGCUGAAGAUGGAUACUGGUGUGUGUGGCUGAGGAAUAAGACUGAAUAUAAGGCUCUCGACUUUCCCUCCGUCUCCCUCUCCUUGAAACCGGCUCCUCAGAAGGUGGGGGUGUUUGUGGAUUAUGAGGAGGGUCUGAUCUCCUUCUAUGAUGUUGAUGUAAAAUCUCACAUCUACUCUUUCACUGGUCAGACUUUCACUGAGAAACUUUAUCCAUUAUUCUGCCCCUGUCUCAAUAAUGGAGGUAAAAAUUCAGCACCACUGAUCAUCUGUCCUUUUAGUCAAAUCUAAUAUAAAUUUCUAAAAUUGGAUUUUAUUUCUUGAUAAAAAUGAAAAAUGCCAGAUAAUAAGAAUACUGUUGUUUUAAGUAAAAAAAAAAAUGAUGUUUACAUUUUAUUUAUGUGUAAAAUGUAAAUGUUUUACUGUCGCUCUCAUUGUGAUGAUCCUCCGUGCUAAAGUGGUCUAAUCCUGUCAGGAUCCAUCAUCACUCCUGUAACUGAUCUUCAAAUCACAUUUACUCAAAUACAUUCUCAAUUUUCAUUUAAAAUAUAUUUUUUGAAGAAAAUGUUUAAUUCGGCUCAGAUUUAAUAAUGCAAGCUGUUUUUAUUGGCAAUAACUAGAGAAAUAAGUAGUAUACAUUAUUUUCUGUAAUUUUCAACGUUCUGAAGGUUGUUUCUACAUCAAAUGUAUAUUAAGAAUAAAGUGCUAAGAAAUAAAAUAUAUAUAUUGUUUAUUUAUCUGGUUUGUUUUAUUUUCAGCUUGUGCAGUUAACUUCCACAUCCAUACACACAAAAUAAAUGCAAAAUGUAAAAUUAUGUCAAAUUUAAAACUUAUUGACAUUCUGUACCUCCUUUAAUCCUUUAAUGAAAUAAAUAUUUACUUCCUCAGAUCUU